AUGCCCCCCCGGGGCCCGCUCCUGCGCAGGACCCUCCUCCUCGCCCGGGCGGCCCUCCCCGCCCCGCAGCGCGGCCCCACCGCCUCGGCGCUGGCGCACGCCCGAUCCGACGCCCCCCAAUCGUCGCCCAGCCACAAGGCCCUGCUGGUCGACGCCGCCGGCACGCUGGUGUCGCCGUCCGAGCCCGUGGCCGCCGUCUACGGCGCGUUCGCCGCCAAGCACGGCGUGCGAUUGUCAGAGGGCGAGAUCCUCUCACGGUUCCGCGGAGCAUUUGCGAAGCGCAAGGCGGUGGACGCCUGGAGCGAGCCGACAUUGCGCUACGUGGGCGACGGUAGGGCAUUCUGGCGCAGGGUGGUCGCCCAGGCCACAGGAUGCGACUCAGAGGCGCUAUUCGACGAGGUCUACGAGCACUACGAGAGCCCUGAGGCGUGGAAAGUCACUCCGGGGGCGAUGGCCGCAUUGCGAAGGCUGAGGAGCUCGGGCGUCAAGGUGGUGGUUGUCAGCAACUUCGACACGCGCCUGCGGCCGCUGUUGAUGGGGAUGGGCCUCGGGGAGGUGUUGGACGAGGUGGUGGUUUCCGCGGAGGUGGGCGCGGAGAAGCCCAACCCGGUGAUCUUCGAGACGGCGCUGGAGGCGGCGGGGGUGGCGCCGGGUGAGGCUGUGCACGUGGGCGACGACCGGCGGAACGACCUGUGGGGCGCGCGGGACGCGGGGCUGGAGGCCUGGCUGUGGGGAGAGGACGUGCAGAGCUUCGAGGAGGUCGCGGACAAGAUCCUGGGCUGCGGGGCCCCGUAA